AUGAAGGACAUACUGAAGAGACAUAGAAAAGAAAAAAAAGAUUUACAAAAUAAAAUUACUGGGAUGAAAAAGCAAGCUUCUAAGUCCCAACGAAAGGAGGUCAAUGCUAAAUGCGAGUUAUUACAAGCUGAUUUACAGUCAAAACAUGACAAAGAAAUAUCUGAGUGGCAAAAUAAUAAUUUAAACCAACAAAAUACUGAUUUGGGAGAAGUAAAAGAGUCAGGCAUAAAAACUGAAAAUAAACAAGAAAAUGAUGAAGACAAUGCUGAAAUCACACCAGAAAUGUUGUUAGCUCAACUUGAAUUAGAAAAUAAAGAAUUAAAUAAUACAGAACAGAAUCAGAAACAACUACAGCAGCAGCAGCAACAGCAACCAAAAAAACGUAGAAAUAGACAAAAAGAAAGAUUAGCAAAAAGAGAACAAGAAAUAGCGCGUAUGAAGGAAGAGGCUGCUAAGGAAGCUGCCAUUCAACCAGAUUUACAAAAAUUAGAACAAGAAUCACUUGAUUUAUUGUGUAAUACAUUGAAUUUGAAACAGGUUGAUAUCCGACCUGAUGGACACUGUUUGUUUGCGUCGAUCUUGGAUCAGUUGAAAUAUCGUCAUAAACAUAUCUCAGAUGAUUAUGAUGUUUAUAAAUUAAGACAUUUAGCAUGUGAAUACAUUAGUAAUAAUAGAGAUGAUUUUAUUCCAUAUUUAUUUGACGAAACUACGAUGCAGUUGCAGGAUGUUGACGAAUAUAUCAGAGAAAUGGAAUCUACUGCAAAAUGGGGUGGUGAAAUUGAAAUAAUUGCACUUGCAAAUAUAUUUGAUUGUCCUAUUAGCAUUUUAAUCAGUGGUCAAGCCACACAUAAAGUCAAUGAAAGUGGAACAAAUCCAGAGUUAAAAUUGGUGUACUACAAACACGGUUAUUCUUUAGGUGAGCAUUAUAAUUCGUUACAUGACCUAGAAUAG